AUGCCUAGUAUACGGGUCUUGAGCCGGGACCACCCUGUCCGCAGUCUAAUAUUGGCCACUUCCGAAGAUGCAAUGAUCUUCAGACAUACCUUAGGCGAGUCCAGGACCGGUGCUUUACCCGCCAGUAAUGAUACACAACGAUGUCUGGUUGAAUUCGCUGGCCUAUCUUCUAUAGAUCUGACAGGCUAUCGCGCCUUGGGAUUUGGCUACGGCACCCUUGGUUUGGUCACUUUAGACCACGACGUCUUUGUUUGUGUGGUCACACGGUCCGUCCAAGCCGCCAGUGUCAGGCCUGGAGAAACCGUCUUGAGAAUUGAAGACGUAGAAUUCUAUUGCCUAAACCGCUCGGAAUAUGAAUCCAGCCUCUACUAUGAUGGGGAUGCAAGCGAAGACUCUGGUCUCGAGGGUCGGCCAGGGCUAACAGACCAUCCUUUUCUAGCGCUCAAAAAGCUCUUGAACGAUGGCAGCUUUUACUACAGCCUUGAUUUCAACCUGACGGAUCGCCUACAGGAUCGUUCCGACAAAUCUACGGCCUUUGACAUUACGUCUCUUGAUAGGGAUGUGCUAUGGAACGCAUAUAUGAUUGAACCUCUUCUUGACUUUCGGUCCCACUUAUCGCCGCACGACAAGCAGCUUCUUGAUUCUUCUCAGAUUCUGACGUGUGUUAUACGAGGCUUCUGUGGAACUUUGACUAUUCCUGCCUCGGUCAGCAUUCUAUCUUCGGUGCGGACAAACAUGCCUUCCAUGUUGACAUUGAUCUCCCGUCUGUCUUCUCGACGCGCAGGCACGCGAUUCAAUGCUCGUGGCAUAGAUGAUGAUGGCAAUGUGGCGAAUUAUGUAGAGACUGAAACCAUCCUCUGGGUACCACCCGGCAUCGCCUUUUCCUAUGUCCAGGUCCGUGGCUCUGUCCCAAUAUUCUGGGAACAAGCCACUGGAUUCCUACCCGGACAACAAAAGAUCGAUGUAACGCGCUCGAUUGAGGCUACACAACAUGCCUUCGAUAAGCAUAUCGAGUCGCUCGAGCUAGAAUAUGGCGCCGUUCAUGUGGUCAACCUUCUAAGUGAACUCAGACCAGGUGAAGUAGAGAUAUCUACGAGGUUCCGUCAACACAUACAAAGGAAUCUCUUGAAUCAGAAAGCAGACUCAGACCAUGCUUUGCUAAGGGCGACAGAGUUUGAUUUUCACGCCGAAGCUCGGGGUCCCUUGGGGUAUGGGGCUGGAGGUGAAAUUAAACAUGAGCUGUUGCACUCACUCAAUGGCUUUGCAUACUUUCUAUCUGAAAGUGCGCCUUCUAGGCGUGGCACAUCUGUUAUUCUACAGCAGGAGGGUGUCUUUCGUACCAAUUGCCUGGAUUGUCUUGACCGUACCAAUCUGGUCCAGACCAUCAUAAGCUCAAUGGCGCUUGAAUCGUUUUUGCUGCACCAGAAUAAGGGGGCGCCGGGCUCAGACAUCCAUCUACGCCAUUCUACUCUCUGGGCCGAUAAUGGCGACGCUCUAUCCAAGAUCUAUGCCGGUACUGGUGCUCUAAGAAGCUCGUAUACACGGCAUGGCAAGAUGUCCUUGGCUGGCGCGUUGGCUGACGCACGCAAAACUGCGGCCAGGCUGUACAUCAACAAUUUCUCCGACAAGGCUCGCCAGAGGACAAUAGAUCUCUUAUUAGGUCGCCUGCCAGAUCAAGCGCCGGUACACCUAUAUGAUCCAAUCAAUGACCUGGUCUCGAGUGAACUGAUGCAAAGGGCAUCGGAAUAUACCUCCAAGAAGACGACCAAUAUCUGGACUGGGACAUUCAAUGUAAACGGCCGUAUUCACGGAUCUGACGUUGACCUCGACCCUUGGCUGUUCCCAGAGGCUAGUGAGCAACACGCCGAACCAACCAUCUUUGCUGUCGGUUUUCAAGAGAUUGUUGCAUUAAGCCCCCAACAAAUCAUGUCCACAGAUCCUACAACCCGCAAGUCAUGGGAGAUGGCUGUGCUAGCCUGUUUGAAUAAACGUUCGGCUUCGCGAGCAGUUCCAAAAUAUGUCCUUUUGCGGUCUGGCCAACUUGUUGGUGCUGCAUUAAUGAUCUACGUGCGUGAAGAUGCCCUCAAAGACAUCAAGAAUGUGGAGGGUAGUGUGAAAAAGGUGAGCACCAAUCAAAACUAUCAUAUCGCUCUCGCUAAUAAUUUGCAAGACUGGACUUUCAGGAAUUGCCGGUAA